AUAUAAUUCGUGGUUCCGCGGCUGAUUCAACAUGUUCGUCUAUUGAUUGUGCUGUGAUUUUGAACAUUUGGCGUAGAAGAGACUAACGAGCUGUCCGUCGAAGGUUUCAAAAUGGCUUCAGCAUACUUCUGGAUUCCAAUUUUAUCAGCCGCUGGAAUUAUAGCUAUUUGCAAUGUUAUAAUCCGCUUAGUGAAGAGCUAUCGCCGAGCAAGACACCUAGCCGUGUUUCCCUCAGCACCAAGUGACUGGUUUACGGGGCAUCGCAAACACGUAAGGCUUUUUAUAUUCUUCACGAUAGAGACAUAUUAAUAUACAGUCGAUGUUACAGUUUGUCUUUACUUUUACAUUACUUGUUAUGUUAAUUCUGACGACCGCGAGAUUAUUAGAGCAGCAUUAAGAAUAUGAAGUGACCGACUGAUAUUCUAAAGCUUCUAAACCGUUUAUAAUUAUUGAAGUUAAAUCUUUUUAUGUCGGAGCUUUUCGUGAACCGUCAGACAUCGUCACAGGAAUCGAAUGAAGAGAAACUCAGGUCUGGAACAGUUUUUGUUCAGUUUAUUUCAGUUGCCGAUUGUCUCGUGACUACUGCUGUUUUCUUUGAAGUGUGAUUAUAUUUGGCAUUUAUUAAUAUGCGAAGUCACGCAAGUCACGCAAGGGAAGAAGAAACAGUGAAAAAACACUGGUUUUAGGAGUCAGUGCUCCAGCCUGAACCCCUUGAAUCGCAAAUCUUCUUUCUCGGGAGUUCGCGACUCGAGGAGAUUGCUGAAAUUCAGGCUAUCAGUGCUCUAGAUAUAUAGGCAAUUUGAUAAAGAAUAAAUAAAGUGCAAGAAAUAAAAACGGUUGCACUCAGUGUUUUCGAAAACCCAAAACGGAAUCGUACCGAAGGUUACGACAAGAUCGCAAAACAAGCCCAGAUGGCCCUAAAAACACAAGAAAACACAAAAUAUAAUAGCAUAAGUAAGCUUAUUUUAUUUCUAUUCUUCACAAUAAGUUAAGAUAAAGGGGAAUUUUUUUCUAUUUCUAGUUUUCUGGUCUUCUCGGAUAAAGAUGAAGAACCGCCGAGGAGUGCAUAAAAAGACAUUUAUAAUUUUAUUUGUAUCUUCUUGAGAAUGCGAGUUGUGCGUUAUGUUUUAAAUUGGAGAGCGUUUCCCUUACGUGACCAGCAUAUAUGCAAAUUUAUUGGAACAAAAGAAAGCGUUUCAACGCCCAUAGGAAAGGCUUGGUCUUGGUAAAUCAGUGGGGACCUUGAUAGCCUGAGUAUCAGGCCUUCCUAAGGGGCUAGGGGAGAGGAGAUUCCCUUUUUCGUUUCCGUCUCUCCCCUUUUCCCCCAGAAACGCCUGAUACUCAGGCCAGGACCUUGAUGAUCUAACAUCGGCGACCCCAAUGAAAACCUAUUGCUUGGAAGUCUCGAUCCACCAAAAUUCAAGUUGGUGGUUGCCACGAAUCCUGCCCCCCCACUUCUCUCUCUAUUGUACUUGCCCCACCACUUGCACAAUGGUGGGGGUACGGUUGAAUUUGCUCUUACAACACCUCGAAACACUGACCUGGUUACAUUUAGAAAACGUUACUCUUCAAUCCCUUUUUUUGUUGUUUAGAUAAAGAAUCACGAUGGGGCCCUGUUGAAGUUCCAUGUGAGAUGUGCUACGGAAUUCAAAAAGUGCUACGUUGAAUGGCGGAGUCCUACAGUGGGAUUUCUAGUUCUUUGCCACCCAGACACUGUUAGGGUGGUCCAGAGUAGUAACGCCCCUAAAGCACCUACUUACAAUUUUGUAAAGCCUUUCAUAGGUAUGUACGUUUUUUUAUGGGUAAAAAUAAUCCAAGAGGACGCAAUGUGUCUAAUAUGCCUUCUGUCUUCUUUAAAAAUAGCCUCUAGAAGACGUUUAGUUAACUUAGCCUGUGUACAGAACCCCUCCCCUCAAAACAAAACAAAAAAAUCGGGGAGAGAAAGUUUUUUUCUCAGAGGGGAGGAGAGCGUCUGUACACAGGCCAGUGUAAACAUAGCCCAAGUAGUUGGACAUGAUCGUCAGGGGGAGUGUAGACCUAAUUAGGACUGUUGUUGACAGUGACUCUUGUUUUGAUAACCUGUGCGGUAGUCACUAGAGUCAACUUGCUUUGUCUAUCCUAAUUUGAUAACAUUAAACUUUGGUUAUUGACCUAAUUAUGACUGGCCAAUUGAGUCGCGAUGACUUUGGUCGUCUUUCCGUUAAGUUCUGAUGUUAUUGGCUGUGAAAACCUUUGCUUUGAGUGGUUCAUGAUACAAUUCCGAUUGUGAUGUCUAUCGCUCUAGAGUUAGUCAAAUUUGUUGGUUUUGUUCAAUGAGUUUAUUGUUCUGUAAAGUCCCGUGGCUGCGUAUACUCCGGCCCGAGGUCAAACCCCUUACCCUGUUUUAUACCCUUUUUGACUGAAAAGGUACCCCUUUCUUAUAACUUCCUAUUGGCAAAUGGUACCCCUUUCACAUACCUAUAGCUUAGAACUUUGUAUCCUUUGAAGUGCUGUAAAUGCUCUGUCUUGAAUAAACCACAAAAUUAGAACGUUUUUUGACAUUUCACAGCCAUAAAAUGCAUCUGUUAGCGUUUUGGGCUUUUUUAAGACUGAAAUGACAGAUUUUCCUACCCUUUCACAUACCUCAACUAGUAAAAUCCCUACCCUUAACGUUCAUCUUCCUGAACCCUAAGAAAGGUACCCUUUUCGGGCGGAGCCUCCCCUUAUAGGCCAUUCUAAGGAGUUCCCCGCGGGCCUUGAGUUUGUAAAUACGGCGUUUCAUUUAGGGAAUGCAAGAAUCAAAGUUUGGGUGUGCCCUACAUUUUAUUAUCAUGUGACUCGUACGGCCCCGUCGUAAUUUCGUCGGAAAACCAUAUGAAAAGAAGUCCGGUAUGAGGGCCGUAGGCGUCAAGUGAUUGGCUCGAAAAACGGGUACGGCUCUGCUAGAAAAGCGUGCUUAUGGACGAGUCAGAAAAUUAAAAAGCACAAUGGUCAUAUGAUAAGAAUGCUUAUUGACUGAGUUAGGUCGAGCCGGACCAGAAAAUAUUUGGCUCUCGGGCAGGACUCACGCACCUCGUUGCACUAGGUCCGUACGUCCUGCAAAUAUUCACCCCUCCCCCCCCCAACUCAGUCAAUAAGUACAUAUUAUUGAUCCGAAUAUGUACCUCUUCGGCGACUUUCAUUUUUUAAAGGGGACGGCCUGAUUGCCUCCAAUGGAGCUAAAUGGUUCAGAAUGAGACGCCUGCUGACUCCAGCGUUUUAUUUUGAAAUUCUUAAAUCUUAUGUCGGAGUUUUUCAAGAGUCCACGAAUGUUCUCCUUGUAAGUACCCAAAGGUCCAGUAGUAAUGAUAGACCUUCUUCACGAUACCUGCCAUCUUUACACGCGCUUGAGUAGAGAUAGGAUAAAAUUAAUGUCACUUCGAAUUUCAGGGGGCAAACGAGUGAAAGAAUUUGCCAAUAAGAGUAAUCGCGGUCGAGGUUUUUUAUUCUCAGAAAACAAGACGGCGAUUUUAGUCUUGGAAAAUCUACAAUUCAAGUUUUAAAACGUUCUACCUCAGUAUUGCUCGAUGUCGCUAUACUGCAUCCAGAAAGAAACAAUGAUCAGUUCCACUCAUAGUUUGCCAUUAUCGUCUUUAAGGUAAAACAUUCUUUAUUUUCUGUUGUCUAGAGUAAACAAACUCGACCGCGAUUUCUUGUAUUGGCAGCUUUUAUUACUUCUUUGCCCCCCUGAGAAACCAUGUACCAUGGAUUGCUUUUAUCGAAUCAGUCCUUAAAAGCACGUGCAAAGAUGGCGGAUAUCGUGAAUAAGGUCUAUUUGGAAGAAAUAACGACCACUCCUUUCUUUUAUAAGUCCCGUUAGUACUUUAUACGUCAAUUCAGAAGACUAACAACAACAACAACAACAACAUAAGCUUUAUUUGCAUGACUAUAAUUAUGUAGUUACAGUAUUGCAAAAGCUUUAACAUAAAAACAAACAAACAAACAAACAAAUCAGAACAAUGAUAAUGCAAUGCAAUGAUUACUAUAGUGUCAUCAGCAUGAUUUGAUAACAAAUUAGUACGUAAAUCAUUACAUAAUGAGACAAAUUUGAACAAAUGUGAAUUUAGGGAAAAAUUCUGUGAAUUCAUCAAUUUAAUUAUUAAUUCUGUGUAAGACAGCUGAUUAAAGUCGGCAAAAUUUUGUUGGAUUUGAUUGUAGAAUUUCUCCCUUGGGAUUGAGUAUGUUGGACAAUGGAAGAGAAAAUGAAAUUCGUCUUCAAUUAAAGGAAGGCAUGACCCAUUGGCCCCGGUCUCAAGUGCCUCUUUUCACUCAAUAGUACACCAGUUCGAGACCGUGCUUUUAAUAGUCUAGAUUGUCUUAUCUGCCCAGUCCAGUUUGCUCACUUUAAAAAACUCUGAUCUAACAAGCGACUAAGAGACUUGGAUAAUGGAUCGAAAAACUGGGGAUUAGGGUUAGGAUCGGAUAGGACCGCUACAGAAAGCUACGCUAUUAGGAUCAGCCAGGAUUCUAAGGAGGGUGCUUGACUUCCAAGUACCGGGAGAGUGUCCCCAACGGACCCUUGGUCAUUGGUUAUGAUUCGCUCCCUUGGGGUGUUUGUCGGUAUGAGAACACAAUAAUAAUGAUACUACUACUACUACUACUACUACCACUACCACUACUACUACUACUACUACUACUACUACUACCACUACCACUACCACUACCACUACCACUACCACUACCACUACCACUACCACUACCACUACCACUACCACUACCACUACCACUACCACUACCACUACCACUACCACUACUACUAAUAAUAAUCUGAGUUAGGCCACAACCUAGGAUUUCAUUAAAAGGAUCACAAGCUAGAACCGUCCGCGAAUUAACUGGCGCAGGGCACACCUAAAUUGCCGGAAUGAACAACUAGGCAUUUUUAUUAUCUUUUUAGGAGAAGUGGUCUUCACAGGUCAAAGGAGAGGUGGAAUUGUUUCAUCACACGAGUUUGAUGACAUUAGACUCCAUCCUUAAGUGUGCCUUAAGUUACCAUAGCAACUGUCAAACUGAAGAGUAAGUAACAUGUAUUGUCAUUUACCUGGGGUUUAGCGCGUCCUUCCAUUGGUUUCUUGGAAGUCACAUGAUUUCCAACAUAAAACUGUUUCGUGCCAACAGUCUUUGAGCGAGAAACAAUGCGAAAUGUAUGACGUCGAAAGCUAAAAGUGUACUUUUGCCCACAAAAGGUGGUACAAACGUGCAAGGGAAUAUAUAAGAAUAAAAAGAGUGAAACAGGCAAAAUUGCUCAAUGAAGCAAAUACUAUAUAACCUAGUGUUGUUUUCUAUCUUUCAAUGACCCUUCUCGCAAUUUGAGCGCUAUAAAAUCAUUUAAAAUAACAGUGUAGUAAUAGAGAGACCGUUUAACAUCUCACUACAAAGACUUUUGCUCUCUACAGGAAAAAGAACUCCUACAUAAGUGCAGUGUACGAUGCAGUGGACGAAUUUUUUAUCAGAGUUAUGUAAGUGAAGUUGUUUUGAUCCCGGGGGAUACUCUCUUAUGUAAGCCAUAAAGGUAUACGCAGCGCGAAAGAUAAUGCCAUGGUCUUUAAUUUUCUGUGGUCAUAGGGUACGUUUACAGUAUGCCUGAUAGCUCUUGCGCCGGCUCGAAACCAUACUGGAUAGGGCGUCCGUUCACGCUUGGUUUCCACGAGACUUCUGUAUCGUAACGAAGCUGCGUCGCGUUCAUCUCUAAAGUCGAGUGUCACAAAUCGCACAGGCUUUGUGCCACAUUUUGGCUCAGUCUGAACAGGUAUUCGGACCGUAGCGAAAAUGAAUAAAUAGGAGCGAGGACUGGAAUCCACUGAGACGGAAGUAAAUAUUGAGGAGUGAGAACUGAGAUUUAGUUCACGAUCGGUUAACCGCUCAGGCACGACGUUCGAUGCGUGCAAACAGCUUGUUCCAGUUCUGUACCCGGUGGGCGUUGCUGUUCAUUCCAUACCAGAUACCUUUUGGUACUGACACGAAAAGCUAUCCAGUAUAAAGUGAAUACGGCCCUUAAAUAGUUCAUAAAUUUGAACCAUUAACUGAUUCAGUUACCGAAUAAGAAGACCAAAUAUCUAGAAUGUUGAUGAUUCCCGGGCGCCCUCUCUCCCCUUCUUUCCGCCCCCUAAGUGCUCAUGGUACUUCUAAGUAAGUAAGUUUUCACAUUCCUUUUAAGGUCAUUUUUCACUGUUAACCCGAAGAAAUGACAGUAAUCUGAACGACCUUAAUCGUUAUUUUUAUCAAAAGUCACGAAAUUUUUAUUUUUCCAAUCGGGUUAAUCUAUGGCUUUGAUAAAACAAUUGCAAUUUCUUCAUUCCUUCUUUCUAGGAAAAAUAGGCCGACUUAAUAUGGGAAACUACUCUUUAUAUAAUAUAAAAACCUGAUUAAAGGAAAUAGCAAAAUUUGCAUCUUUCCAAAUUUUAAAUUGCGUCAUUCUUCCUUUAAAGCUAAAAUAGGCCGAACUACAAUGUUUGGUGAAGUCUUAGAUGUAAAACUAACCAUUCUAGACUAUAAAAAACUCAACUGAAGAAAAUCGCAAAAUUCCCAUUUUUGCAGAGGGGUUAGUCCAUCGCUUUGGUAAAAAUUGUAAUCAGGUUUAUGCAUUCUUUCUUUUUAGCAAAAAUAGGCCAAAUAAAAGAGUUUGAUAACGUUCCAGAUAGAGAACUAGCCUUUCUAGACAAUAAAAACAUCGAUUUAAAAAGGUCGCAAAAUUUGCAUUUUUCCCAAGGGGUUAGUCUACGGUUUUGGUCAAAAAAUGUAAAUUUCUUCAUUUUUGUUCUAAACUGAAAUAGCCCGAAUUAAAAUGUUUCUGGCGUUUUGGAUAUAAAACUAACCUUUCUAGACUAUAGGAAACUCGAUUUAACAAAAUCGCCGAAUUUGCAUUUUUCCAAAGGGGUUAGUCUAUGGUUUUGGUAAAAAAAAUGUAAAUUUCUUCAUCUUUGUUCUAAACUGAAAUAGCCCGAAUUAAAAUAUUUCUGACGUUUUGGAUAUAAAACUAACCUUUCCAGACUAUAAGAAACUGGAUUUAACAAAAUCGCCAAAUUUGCGUUUCCCCAAAGGUGUUAGUCCAUGGUUUUUGUGAAAAAAUUCUGUUUUCUUUAUUCUUUCUUUUUAGACAAAAUAGGCCAAAUAAAAGUCUUGGUGACGUUCUAGAUAGAGAACUACCCUUUCUAGACCAUAAAAAGAUCGAUGUAAAAACGCGGAAAAAUUUGCAUUUUUCUAGAGGGGAAGCCAAAAUAGGAAGACUAAAAGUUUUUAGCGACGUUAUAGAUAUAAAACUAAGCUUUCUAGACUAAAAAAAACCUCGAUUUAAGAAAAUCGCUAAAUUUGCAUUUUUCCAAAGGGGUUCGUCAAUGUUAUUUGUAAUAAAAUUUUAAAUUUUCUUUAUUGUUUCUUUGUAGCCAAAGUGGGCCAAAUAAAAGUGAUUUCAGACAUUUUAGAUAGACGUCAAGAAUUUCUAGACUUUAAAAACAGCGAUUAAAAAAGCCGCAGGAUUUCCAUUUUCCCAAAGGGUUUCGUCCAUGCUUUUUGUAAAAACUGUUAAAUAUGUUUUUUCUUUCUUUUUAGCCAAAAUAGCACAAAUGAAGUUUUUCGUGACGUUCUAGAUAGAGAAAUAGGCCUUCGAGACUAUAAAAACAUCGAUUUAAAAAAGUCGCUAAAAUUCCAUUUUACCAAAGGGUCCCUGGGUUUGGUCAAAUAUUGUAAAUUUCAUCCGUUUUUCAUUAAAACUAAAGUAGGCCGGGAAAAAAUGUUUGUGACGUUUUGGAGAUAAAACUAACCUUUGUUGUAGACUAUAAACAACUCGAUUUAAGAAUACCUGUAUCGCUAAAUUUGCAUUUCUCCAAAGGCGUUAGUCCAUGGUUUUUGUCUAAAAUUGAAAUUUUUCUCGUUCUUUCUUUGUAUUCAAAAAAUGCUGAAUAAAGGUGUUUGGUGACCUUCUAGAUAGAAAGGAUAGAAAGCAAGCCUUUGUGGACUAUACAAAGAUCGAUUAACAAAAAUUUCCAAAAUUUGCAUUAUUUUAAAAGGAUUAGCCCAAGGUUUUUGUCAAAACUUGUGAUCUUUCUCAUUACUACUCUUCAUUCAAAAUCUGCCAAAAAACGUGUCUGGUGACGUUCUAGAUAGAUAAAUAGCCUUAGUAGACCAUAAAAUUAUCGAUUUAUAAAAGUCGCAAAAUUUGCAUUUUUCCAAAGGGAAAUUUUUUGUCAAGAAUUGUGAUUUUUCUCAUUCUUUCCUUUUAGUCAAAAUAUGCCAAAUAAAAUUGUUUGGUGCCGUUCUACGCAGAGCAAUAGGCUUUCUAGACCAUAAAAACAUCGAUUAGAAAAACGCGCAAAAUUUUCAUUUUUUUGUCAAAAAUUUUAAUCUUUCUCAUUCUUUCUUGUUAUUCAAAAUAUGCCAAAAAGUGUUUAAUGACGUUGUAGACCGAUAAAUGGCCUUUCUCGACUAUAAAAACAUCUAUUUGAAAAAGUCUCAGAAUUUGAAUUUUUCCUAAGGGGUUAAUCCAUGGUUUUUGUCUAAAAUUGUAAUUUAUCUCAUUCUUUCUUUUUACUCGAAAUAUGUCGCAUAAAAGUGUUUGGUGAUGUUCUAGCUAAAGGAAUAGUCUUUCUAGACUGUAAAAACUCCGAUUUGACAAAGUCGCAGAAAUUGCUUUUCUUUAAAGGGGUUAAUGAACUAGUCCAUGGUUUUUGCCAACAAUUGUAGUCUUUCGCAUUCUUUCGUUUCAUUGAAAAUAUGCCAAAUAAAAGUGUUUAAUGACGUUCUAGGUAGAUAAAUAGCCGUUCUAGACUAUAAAAACAUCAAUUUACAAAGUCAAAAAAUUUGCAUUUUUUAAAAGGGGUUACUCCAUGGUUUUUGUCAAAAAAUGUAAUUUUGGUAAUUCUUUCUUUUUAGUAAAAAUAUGCCGAAUAAAAGUGUUUGGUGCCGUUCUACAUAGACAAAAAGGCUUUCUAGACGAUAAAAACAUCGAUUAGAAAAAGUGGCAAAAUUUGCAUUUUUUUAAAGGGGUUAGUCCAUGGUUUUUCUCAAAAAUUGUAAUCUUUUCAUUUUUUCUUUUUGUUCAAAAUACGCCAAAUAAAAGUGUUUAAUGAUGUUCUAGAUAGAUAAAUAGCCCUUGUAUACUAUAAAAAGAUCGAUUUGAAAAAGUCGCAAAAUUUGCAUUUUUUAAAGGGGAUAGUCCAUGGUUUUUGUCAAAAAUGUUAAGUUUUCUCAUUCUUUCUUUUUAGUGAAAAUAUGCCAAAUAAUAGUGUUUAAUCCCGUUCUACAUAGAGAAAUAGGCUUUCCAGAACAUAAAAACAUCGAUUAAAGAAAGUGGCAAAAUUUGCAUUUUUCCAAAGGGAUUAGUCCAUGGUUUUUCUCAAAAAUUAUAAUCUUUCUUAUUUUAUCUUUUUACUCAAAAUACGCCAAAUAAAAGUGUUUUAUGACGUUCUAGGUAGAUAAACUGCCUUUUUAUACUAAAAAAACAUCUACUUGAAAAAGUCGCAAAAUUUGCAUUUUUCCAAAGGGGUUAGUGCAUGGUUUUUCUCAAAAAUUGUAAUCUUUGUCAUUCCUUUUUUAUUGACGAAAAGGCGAACAAAAGUGUUUUAUGACGUUAUAGAUAGAUAAAUAGCCUUUGCAGACUAUAAAAACACCCAUUUAAAAAAGUCACAAAAUUUGCCAUUCUAGAGCAAAAAACGCCUUCUACGCUAUAAAAACAAGAAGUUCAAAAAGUCGAAAAAUUGACAUUUUUCAAAAGGGGUUAACCCAUGGUUUUGGUCCAUAAUUCGCCAUUUUUCCAACUUUUUAUUUUAGUCAAUAUAGACCAGGAAAAUGUCUUUUACGAUAUUCAAGAACGAAAAAACAUUAAAACACCUUUCUAGGCUAUAAAAAAAAAGUUCAAAAAGUCGAAAAAUUAAUAUUUUUCCAUGGGGGUUAACCCAUGGUUUUGGUCCAAAAGUGGCCAUUUUCCAAACUUUUUUUUUCUGGCAAUAUAGCCCAAGAAAAUGUCUUUUACGAUAUUCUAGAAAGAAAA